AGUGGGUUAUUUGGGUAAAAAAACCCGUGUAGGUCUCCAUCCUCGCCGUCGUCACCUCCCUUCACCUCAUCGCCUUCGUCUUCGCCAUCUGCGCCGAGAGCCGCCGUAGCACAGUACCUCUCUCUCUCUCUCUCUCUCUCUCUAUUUUUGUUAUUUUUUAAUGUUUUUCUCAGGCGGAGCGUGUCCAGUACGACGAGGCAACCUACCGCUUGUACAGAACUGAGGCGACGACGAUGUACAGACUGUCGGCUUUCGGACUGCUCUCGUUAGGCAGACAGUGGUUAACGGCGUCGCCAAGCGUCUCUGCUUCGGGAAGGGUCUCUUCACCGGCACUUCCUACACCGUUUGGGCCAUCGUCUUCUUCCUUGUCUCUUGCUUAUCAUAAACCAAGACCACUCGAAUUCUGACAUGGUAUCCGAGCAGGAUCGUUCAUGGACACAUUCGUCUCACAUCGGCAUCUUCCAAGCAAAACCAUCCGCAAAGACUACUCUUCGAAGCAAAUGUCUUUGGGAGCAUGUGACAACCGAUAAGGUAUUUGCGGACAACACAACAAAUUCAACCGAAUCAAAGUGGAUAAAAGAAGACCAAGUGGUUAUUUCUAUCCUCCAAAGCUCCUUUGACAUGGCUGUUCUUUCGUCCUACAAUCACAUUGAAGUGGCCAAGGUAUAGUGGAAUGCUCUCAAACAUGUAUACGGUAAUGGUUCUAGCAUUAGUCAUAUCUUUGAAGUCAAAAGAAAGCUUUGGAGCCUUCAACAAGAAGAGAAACCGUUUAAUGAGAUUUUGGGGAAUUUUACCUCUUUGUGGGCUGAAGUAGAUGAGCUUCAACCACCAUCAACCGAUCCACAAGAGACCGAGGGACAUGAACAAGGGAAGGUAUUUCUUCUUCUAUCUACUUUGAAUGGCACUUACCGUGAGCUUAUUCAUAUGAUACUUAGGGAAGAGAAGUUACCUUCCUUCGAACAAGUUCAUUCCAAAAAAAAAAAAGAGGAAGGGGGUAGAAAGCUCUUUCAAAGUCAUAGUGAAAUUGCUUAUAAAAGGAUCUUGACGAAUUUCUCCAUACUUCUGAACCAUUGCUCGUAUAUAUGUCUCUUGGAAUCGACAGUCGAACCAAAGAUUUUUCAAGUUGUCUGUAGACUGUAGUUUCCUAAAAGGGUCUUUCGAUGUCACGUUGGAGAAUUUGGUGACGGUGGAGAGAAAAGUUUCUACUUUAUUCAGACGUGGUUCUAUGUAUAUAUACAAGUUUCAUACCUUGACCUAGUAUAUGAGAAAAGGAAACCCAAUAUAUGAUACAAUAGUUUCCUUAUACAUUGUAUAGUCUAUUAUUCGAUGCUAUUUCUGAAUUUCUCUUGAAUUAUGAGUUAUUUAGGGAAGAAUGGAAUUGGGAUUAAACUGUUGUGAUGUUUCAAUAGUCUUUGGCUAAUUUACAGCAGGUUUUAUCUUUCCGUUAUUGAUGCUUGGAGGUUCCUGUCAGAUAAAUGGGACAGAUGAAAAACUAGAACUUGAACAUUUUUUGGGGUCCUCUUUCCAUUUCCGUGCAAGAAGCUUUUUAUAUUAGUUGAGUUUUGUGGUGACAGAACUAUUGUAGCCUUUAUAUCUAUCUUGUCCUUUUCACUUAUUUUGUGAAGGAUGAUGCUUCAGGUGAAGUGGGUCUUCCAUUUCAUGAUCUUCCAACUUGUUCAAGUUGAUACUUACAGUUAAGUAGGUUUAUUGGCUUGGUCAGGUGAUUGAUCGGUCAUCUUCAGCUUCAUUUAGCUUUUGCCCCUAACUCUUUGUUGUGAAGAUAUCGAUGUAAAUAUCUCAGUUUUCCUUUUUGAGUUUUUUGCUGCGUUUUUUUGUUUUUGCAAUUGCAUUCUCAUGAGAUGUUCUUUCCAUCUAGCCAGAUCCGGAGAGGAUAUGUGUGUGCUGUUUGCAUAUUACCGAAAACAUUUGUGGUAUAAAAAAAUACAGGGUGAGCUUUCUGGGAGCAGAGGCAUGCUUGUUGGCUGGAUGAGCAAGGAAUGCAUACCACACCAAAAGGAAAGGCAUCUACAAGGAGAAAGAACUUUCAUGUGCCUCACUACCCGUAGGGGUCUUUGCCGCUAGAGCAGCUUUAACGCUGUUGUCACUGGCAGCGUCAAUUCUUUACUACCGAGCUCACUCUAAGGCUGACACUGGUGGGUGGGAGAAGCAUCGGAAUGAAGGGGUUGUCAUGACGACUGCUUCAGAAGAAAGGUUUGUUCUGCUUAGGAUCACCUUUGCAUAAGGAAUGAAGAGUUUGUCACAAUUUCAAGGCCUUGUUAAUGGAUGAGCUUGCAACAUGCCGAAGCCAUUCUUUUCCCUUCUGAAACUGGUUUCUUCACUGCUAAGCCAAGAAUCACACCAUAUCGGAUUCUCCAGACCAAUAUAAGCCAUGAACCGUUGAAAGCAUUUCACCGGAAAGCCGAGAAAUAAGCCUAGAGUUGUUAGAUUUUUAUCAAUCAUGCCGACCCAUGAACUUGCUUCUUCUUUUUCGACGAGAUUCUCCAGCAGGGGAAGGUCUCUGCACCAAGCUCUUGGAGGAGGGCAGUUUGCUGAUAUAAUUUUCUGGAGGAACAAGAAGUUAUCUGCCGCAGUACUGUUGGCUUUCACCCUUGUAUGGUUCUUGUUCGAAGUUGUGGAGUACCCUUUCGUCACCCUUCUCUGCCAAAUCCUACUGAUCUCCAUGUUUAUAUUUCUGAUAUGGUCUUACAUCGGUUCCACGGAACUGAUCCACCGGAAACCACCGAGCAUGAACGAUCUAAGGAUUUCGGAAUCGACUUGGAGAUUCUUGUUUGCGAAGAUCAACUGGUUCAUCAUGAAAGUAUACGAUCUCUCAAGUGGAAAAGACUUUAGACUCUUUGUCCUGGCCGUUGCUUCGUUGUGGAUAUUAUCAGUGGUUGGGAAUUAUUUCAGCUCCCUUACACUAUUAUACAUUGUGUUCUUAUGUUUGGAAACGAUCCCGGUCCUGUACGAAAAGUAUCAAGGAGAACUGAAUUAUGUUGCGAGCAGAAGCGGGAGGGAUGCGAAGAAGCUGUUUGACGAACUCAACACUAAAGUGAUCAGCAAGAUCCCCAAAGCUCAUGUCCGAAAAUAGAAAGUCUUGUGUAUUUCUGCAAACUGUUUAUGUAAAUAUCAAGAUGUUUCAUAUUCAUAUAUACAUAGAUAUCAUGUAAAACUCAUGGAACUGAAUCUUAUUUAA